CCUGCAGAAAACGCCAAAAAGCGGCCGAGGUUGGGAUUGGCUGAGGAACUUGUAACGAUGACUUGACGCAUUAUUAGCACGCCGGAAGUGCUCAUCACUGGACUCUCCGCGCCGGUUCGGAGCAUGGCGGGGUUUGCUGAACUCCAGCUAUCAUCGUGGCUCGUGGAACAAUGUCGGCAGCUAGGGUUGAAGCAGCCCACGCCGGUGCAGCUCGGUUGCAUCCCGGCCAUCCUGGAGGGUCGAGAUUGCUUGGGCUGUGCAAAGACGGGAAGUGGCAAGACGGCUGCUUUUGUGCUUCCCAUCUUGCAGAAGCUGUCUGAGGACCCUUACGGCAUCUUCUGCCUAGUCCUGACACCCACCAGGGAGCUGGCCUACCAGAUUGCUGAGCAGUUCCGGGUGCUGGGAAAGCCCCUGGGUCUGAAGGAUUGCAUUAUCGUUGGCGGCAUGGACAUGGUGGCUCAGGCGCUGGAGCUGUCUCGAAAGCCACAUGUGGUGAUCGCCACCCCUGGACGCCUGGCUGACCACCUACGCAGCUCCAGCACGUUCACCAUGAAGAAGAUCCGGUUCCUGGUGAUGGACGAAGCUGACCGACUGCUGGAGCAGGGUUGCACCGACUUCACUGCAGACCUGGAAACCAUCCUGGCAGCUGUUCCAGCACGCAGGCAGACACUGCUUUUCAGUGCCACACUGACCGACACACUCAAGGAACUGCAGGGCCUGGCUACCAACCAGCCUUUCUUCUGGGAGGCUCAGGCCCCGGCACGCACAGUGGAGCAGCUUGACCAGCGCUACCUGCUGGUGCCGGAGAAGGUGAAGGACGCCUACCUGGUGCACUUGGUCCAGACCUUCCAAGACCAGCUGGAGGACUGCUCCAUCAUCAUCUUCACCAAUACCUGCAAGAUCUGCCAAAUCCUUUGUAUGAUGCUACGGAAGUUCAACUUCCCCACAGUGGCGCUGCACUCCAUGAUGAAGCAGAAAGAACGCUUUGCAGCCCUGGCCAAGUUCAAGUCCAGCAUGUACCGGAUUCUUAUCGCCACUGAUGUAGCCUCAAGGGGCCUAGACAUCCCCACUGUGCAAGUGGUCAUCAACCACAACACCCCUGGGCUCCCCAAGAUCUACAUCCACCGAGUUGGUCGAACAGCCCGUGCAGGGCGGCAGGGACAGGCCAUCACACUGGUGACACAGUAUGACAUUCACCUGCUGCAUGCCAUCGAGGAGCAGAUCAAUCCUUGCUCUACAGAGCUGGCCUGGAACUCACAGUGCUCCCCCUGCCUCUGCCUCCCCAGUGCUGUGAUGACAGGCAUCUGCCACCAAGUUUGGCACUAUUGUGCUUUUUUUCCCGAAUGUCAUCAGUCCAGACAUCUGGAAUCGGGGCUCAGAGGGCCAAUUGCGGUCAGCCCAGCUCAGUGUUGCCUAUCUCCUGGCAUCUCUGCAGAGAAGCAGCUGGAGGAGCUGGCUGUGGAGGAGGCCGAGGUCCUGAAAAUCCUCACGCAGGUCAACGUGGUGCGCAGAGAGUGCGAGAUCAAACUGGAGGCCUCGCAUUUUGAUGAAAAGAAGGAGAUCAAUAAGCGGAAGCAGCUGAUCAUGGAGGGGAAGGUGAACCAAGGGGCAGGGCUAAGAAGGGGUGUGGCCAGUAUGGGUGGGCUGGGCUUAGGGAUGGAGCUGGUCGCUGGGAAGCUGCCCUGCUGGGGUCUCAGUAUCUCAGCCAGCCUUGCUCCCUUCCUCAGGACCCAGACCUGGAGGCCAAGCGCAAGGCAGAACUGGCCAAGAUCAAGCAACAGAAUCGGCGCUUCAAGGAGAAGGUGGGGCAGACGCUUCGGAGACAGAAACCAGGGAACACAGGCCGAAGGGCUCGUCCUCCUGUACCUCGGCUUCCGGUGUCUUCCCGGGACAAGGCUCAGACCUGAGCGGAAACCUGCAGCCACCGGUCCCUUGGGUAGGCCACAGAGGACCUCAGUAAACACUCUUUGAACCUGCCA